GGGUCAUACAGUUUUCGAAGAGAGUGGGUGAUUAUCUUAUCUUUUUUAUACAAAAUCUCCCUCUCUUUUAUCAUCUAUCUAUAAUUUCUCAUACCAAAAACACAAGAAUAAUGGCAGCGUUUACUCUAUUUAUCGCCGGUACCGGUGCUGGAACACAUUUGUCCGGUGAAUUGGGUCAUUUUGAAUCCAGGCUCUAUCCAAUUCACAGGAAGCAAUCUGGGUGGUUAUGGCUUCAGUUGCCACGUUGCAAUAGGUCGUGCCAAAUACCCAGAACAACAAAGAAGUUGAAAUUAAAACCCAGUUUUGCAAUUCGAAAAGACUCUGAUGAUAGCUUCUUCUCGAAUGUAGAAGAUACUGAUGAAAUGCUUGAUGAAUUGUUUAAUAAAUACGGAAAGGUGGUUUUUAGGACUAAUGACCAAAAGCCUCCCACUGCUGAUGUUGAUGAUGAUGCUGAAAGCAUGUCAUUUGCUGUGGCAAUGGCCAAGGUUGCAAGUGAUGUUAAGGCUGGAGAUAUAAGAGUCCUCUUUGUAAAGCCUCUCGUGUAUUGGACUCGAUUUUUUAUCAUUGCAACAGCCUUUUCACGCCCUCAGAUAGAUGCUAUUGCGUCAAGAAUCAGAGAUCUUGCUGAGAAGAAGUAUGGAAGAGUUCCAUCAGGGGAUACCAAACCUAACUCAUGGACCCUCUUAGAUUUCGGUGAUGUGGUAAUCCAUAUAUUUCUUCCUGAGCAAAGAGCGUUUUACAACUUGGAAGAAUUUUAUGGCAAUGCAACGCCCAUUGAACUCCCUUUUGAGAACCAACCUCCAUUUAGCAGUUAAUGGAUUUUUCGUGUGUGAGGAGCUAAAAGCCUCCAUGGUGGCUACAUGGCGCCAAAGGCUGGAUUGUUAAUGAGGCAAUUUCAACUGUGCCUGGAUAUGUAUUCAGAGGCCUGGUGUGGUCAAUUAGGUAGUUUUCUUGCUAGAGAUAGCAAUUGCUGAUCUACGAAGCAGGACUGGCUCUGGUUUCAACAUAUGUUGGUACUAUGGCUCCGCAUCACUUGUUGCAGAAGAUAGUUGGUGAAUUGCCUGUGCAUUAGUCCACCUUGUAAUAUUAAAGCUGGAACACAUAGCUCUGUAAAUCUUUUUGCAGUUCUUAGUUAUUGAGAAGUUCCAUGGGCAAGCUUCAUCGUUAAUUAUGCAUUUGACAAUCAUAAUGAAUAAUUUACAAACACCAAUUAAAGGUUCAA